AAGGCAUGACAGAAAACAUUUGAGAACCACUGGUUUAAGGUGAACUGUGAGAAUAUACAGUACUUCAUUUGAGUGUCUCGUUGUCUCCAUGAGUCAGGAUGGUGUCUCCUGCCAUUGCUCUGGCUUUUCUCCCCCUCCUGCUGACGCUGAUCAUCAGGUACCGGUUCUACUUUGUGCUGUUCUAUCGAGCCUUCCUGGUCAGAAUAUGGAAGGACUGCGUCACUGGUCUGAGUCGAGAGGAGCGGGCCUUCCAGUACGUUCUCACUCAGGCUACACCAGGAGACCCUGAGAGCAUCCUGGACGCCUUUGAUGCAUGGUGCAGCAAGGUGGAGUUCAUCAGCAACAUUGGGCCUAAAAAAGGGAAAAUCCUGGACCGGCUACUGGUGGAGCAGAGUCCUCUGACUGUGCUGGAGCUAGGGACACACUGCGCGUACAGCACCAUACGAAUUGCACGAGCUCUGCCACUGGGAGCCAGACUUUACAGUGUCGAGAUGGACCAGAGAAAUGCUGUCAUUGCUGAAAAAAUCAUCCGCCUGGCAGGGUUUGACGAUGACACGGUGGAACUCAUUGUGAAUCCAUCUGAUGAGGUAAUCCCUCGCCUUCGUUCGGACUAUGGAAUAGAAAGGCUGGACUUUGUCUUUAUGGAUCACUGGAAGAAAUGCUACAGCCCUGAUCUCCAGUUACUGGAGGAUUGCGGUUUGCUAGGAAAAGGCUCGAUGAUCGUAGCCGACAACGUGCUGUUUCCUGGCGCUCCGAAGUUUCUCAGACACAUCCGCAAGAGUGGCCUGUAUGAGUGGAAGAUCCACCGGGCCACACUUGAAUACAGCCAAGGUAUCCGAGAUGGGAUGGCGGAACUGGUGUACCAGGGAAUCAAGUAGAUAAUGUGGACAGGAAUAUCACACUGCUACAGAACUGAGCAUUUUAAAAGGGAAUAAAGAGUUGUAAAACUCAGGGUUAAAGCUAUUUGUGAUCGCUUAUAGGGUUUUAGGGAUUUUAUAGGGUUUAUACCUGGUCACAACAUACUUCAUUUGUCAUUGUUUUUUUUGUUUUAGGAAAGAAACUUUUAAUAUUUUAACAGUAGCUACUUAAAAAAAAAAGUUUAAAAAAUGUGACACAGCUCAGCUGAGGGAGCUAACUUGACAAGUUUGUUUUUAUUAUCUGACCUUGUCUUACAUUAUAACAUCUGACCUAGAAUCCUGUGACUUACUCCUGUAUUUAAGAGUCUUGGUUUAAAUUGUUUUCUGGUUCUUUUUACUUUCACUUUUCACAUGUGUGAAUAUUUCCUCUCAGCUAAUAAAAGUUAGAAAACCACACUGCCCAGUUUGCUUUACCAGACCUGAAGAGCUUUUGCAUUCAACUAAAUGUGAGUUUCUUUUUUUAAUUCUUGAGAAUCAAAAAAAAAAA